CCACCACGUCAGCGCGGGAGAUACCCCGCGAGAUACUGCGGCAAAGAGGACGGCACUAAAUGAUGGAAGAAAAGCUAAAAUAUUCGUUUCUGCGCGAUCUUAACGAUGGGCAAAGUAUAUGGACUAGAAAUGAAAAACGUACCUGGUUCCUAACGCUGCUGACCGGCACCUGCAUGCUGUACUCGACCCGCACCACAAUGCCACUGCUCGUACCGGCCGUCGCAGCCGAACGCAAAUGGAGCAAAACCGAUUCCGGCACGGUGCUCAGCUCGUUCUUCUGGGGCUACACACUGACACAGGUGCUCGGUGGCUAUCUGAGCGACAAGUUCGGUGGCCAGAAGGUGAUCCUGCUGGCUGCGAUCGGCUGGUCGCUGAUUACCUUCUGGAUGCCAAACAUCAUUACCUCGUCGACACUGUUCGCGUCCUACUCGAUCCCGUUUAUCGUUACCGUUAGGAUAAUUAACGGCGCCUGUCAGGGUGUACACUUUCCAAGCAUGAUAAGCAUCACUAGUCAGAAUCUGAGCUCGUGCGAACGGGCCAGCUUCUUCAGCAUACUCACGUCCGGGUCAGCGCUCGGGACGCUGCUAACCGGCAUUGUCGGUUCGUUUCUGCUCGACUACUUCGGUUGGCCGACCGCAUUCCGGGUGAUCGGUUUCCUAGGUCUCUCCUGGACGCUCUUCCUGCGCUACUACACGAUGGCGUCGGAUCGUAGUCGGAUCAUUAACAUUUCCCUGCCGAGCCGGAUGUAUACGAAGCUUGGGACGCCCGAAACGGUCCCCUGGCUGCGGUUGUUCGAGCGCAGCAGCUUUUGGGCCUGUGUGUUAGCACACGCGUGUGAGAUGAAUUGUUUCUUUGUGCUGCUGUCGUGGCUACCGACGUACUUUCACGAAAAUUUCCCACACGCCAAGGGCUGGGUAGUAAAUAUGAUUCCUUGGCUAGCACUUCCACCGGUCACCUUCAUCGGUAAGCAACUGACCGAGCAUCUGCUUGCCAAACAGUGGACACUGACGCGCAUCCGCAAGCUGGUACAAAGCUUAUGCUUUCUCGGUCAAAACUGUGCCCUGUUCAUGAUGUGUCGAACGCAGGACUUUAACAUGGCACUUACCUGCAUGUCAAUUAUCAUCGGUCUGUCCGGGCUGCACAACAAUGCGGUUACGGUAAACCCGCAGGAUCUUGCCCCGAGCCAUUCGGGCAGCGUGUUCGGGCUGAUGAACACGGUCGGUGCGAUACCGGGCUUUCUUGGCGUUUACCUUGCCGGGCAUAUACUCGAACUGACGCAAUCGUGGUCGGCCGUGUUCAGCACGGCGGCCGCCAUCAACACCUUCGGGUGGCUCAUCUUUACCGUGUUUGGUUCCGCUGAAACGAUUGUUUAGAGCGUUUUGAUUUUUUUCAA